AUGGAUGCUGCCGAAGACUUCCUUACCGGCACCUUGGAGCGUGCAGAUUUAAACCAGUACUGGUUCUCGGCGGCGACCGUGUCUACUUUUGUAGAAGAAAUCCGUGACGUCAGCGGGCCUGCAGCUUUGGUCUCGUCGCCGAGCGUAUACUUCAGCUUGCCAGAGGAACGUCGAAGAAGCUGCAAAGUCUUCGACUUUGAUCGUCAGUGGGAUACAGAUCCAGGAUUUGUGUUUUAUGACUUCAAUCGCCCAGAAGACUUGCCCGAGGAUCUGCGAGGAGCCUUCCACUUUGUCCUGAUCGAUCCGCCGUUCAUCACACGUGAGGUGUGGGAAAAAUAUGCCAUCACCGCGCGUUUCCUUGCCUGGGAGGGUGCGAGAAUUCUCUGCACCACCAUAGCGGAAAAUGCUGCUGUCAUGGAAGAGCUUCUGAACCUGCACGCGGUGCCAUUCCGGCCGGGCAUACCAAACUUGGUUUACCAGUACAGCAUCUAUGUGAACUACGAGUCGAGCAGGUUGAACCAAUUGAAUCCAGAGAUUGACUACGAGAACUGGCAAGAGACUUUGCUGCAACUCUGUAGCCAACAUGAACCGCGAGCUGUUCCUCCAAGACUACAGGUGACCGCACCCAAGCUGGGACAGAUAGAUGCUGCCAAACUGGACCCUGCCACUCCAUGCUUGCCCGGUUGUGUGGGCUACAGGAAGGCAUCUUUGCAGUGCUGCGCGGUGCAUGACUGCACCAGACGAAUUCUGUCACCGUCACCUGCUAGGAGGCGCUUGUGUGGGCCCCUGGAACUUUGCCAAGAUGCAUGUAUGAAAGCAGUAUUUGUGGCCAGCAGCUGCAUUUCUUGGGUUGCUGCUGAGGUUGAGGCUCAAGUGGCUGAGGCAUUUGAGGCGCUCAUCCGCAUCUGCACAGCUCCAGUUGAGACACAUUGCUCUUCAGGUGCCCGAUUCCGCAGAAGUGCAGGUUCUCUUUGCAGAUCUGGCAGCACAGCGUCAAGGAGUGAAUGUCAUUGA